UUCCCGACCGAACCCACCACAAUCGACAUCAUUGCCAAAGCUAGCUAUCACCUUAACCUCACGCCUUCAAUGCGCCAUCAGACAUAAUGAACGCGCCUAAUACAAUCUUGCGCAGCCUGCGCUUGUCAAAACAAAUCCCCCGGUGUAAAAGAUUCACAAACGCACCACCAAGGAGACAAUUCACAUCCUCCUUCUUCCGUCGCAAGCAACAGACAUCAGCCGACGAUCCAGAAUUCGUCUCGAUUCUCGAUGGACCACCCAAGCUUGUCCGUGUUGGAAAACGCCAUGGCCCAGGUCUAAUCAUUCUCGCUAUUAUCCCCAUCACUGCCUUCAUUCUCGGAACAUGGCAAGUUCAGCGUCUAGGCUGGAAAUCCGAACUUAUCGCCAAAUUCGAAGACCGACUAAUCCGCGAUCCUCUACCCCUCCCACCAACCAUCGAUCCCGAUGCCAUUCAUGACUUCGACUAUCGCCGUGUGGUAGCGAAGGGCCGUUUUCGACAUGAUCAAGAAAUGCUCAUUGGGCCGCGCAUGCGUGAUGGGACAGAUGGAUACAUGGUAGUCACACCAUUGGAGCGAGAGAACGGUACGACAAUUCUAGUGAACCGAGGCUGGAUCGACAAGAAGCAUAGAGAUAAGAGGACACGACCUGAUGGACUACCGACGGGUGAGGUUACAGUGGAGGGACUUCUAAGAGAGCCGUGGAAGAAGAACAUGUUUACACCAGAGAAUCAGCCCAAGAAGGGCAUGUUUUAUUUCCCGGAUGUGAAGCAGAUGGCUGCUUUGACCGGCAGUCAGCCUGUCUGGGUUGAGGCUACUAUGGAACCCGAGUUCAUGCAAAUGGUCGACUUCGAGACUCGAGGUAUUCCCUAUGGCCGACCCGCGGAGGUCAACCUGCGAAACAACCACGCCCAGUAUAUCUUUACCUGGUAUGGCCUUUGUGUCGCAACAUCCAUCAUGCUUUGGAUGGUAGUCAAAAAGCCUGCAAACGAUGUCGCUCGUCGUGUAGCCCGUUCGAAGGGCCUGUAAGCUGUAAAUCUCAUCAUGCAUACACCGUAUAAAACUCAUGUGUCUUCUACAUCUUCUGCAACUUCUCCCUCGUCGCCUCGAUCCGACACACGCCUUGCUUUGUGUUGCUUAGCGGGUUGCGGAACUGGCAUUCUCAGCUCUUGGAGGAGCUCUCUUGGGAGGUGUUUCUGUGCCAAGGAGAACAUGGACGAACGCGGUCCUAUCUGACGUUGUCUAUAACAUACCUUUUCAUGAGUGUGAAGACGUCGCUCUCCUCAAUU